UCAAUAGGCUGGAUUACAAAGUGGGCUCAGGGGCCCUUAAAUGAGCUUAAAUUGCAGGGUUUCCACGUGGUACCCUAAUAAAAGAAGCACUAGUUAGUGUCAUUAUUAUUUAAUUCACUUGAAAACACUUCAAUUAGAGUAUUUAAGAGCUAUCAAUCCCCUGCCCCACAACACCGACCCCCAACCUCAACUGCAUCGGUCCCAUCAUAUCUGUCACAGAGUUUGCUUGCACGCUGCCAGGUCAGUGCAUCCGUUCCGUCAGUCCCAUGCGGAGCUUCUUUUGCCCCGGAGGGGGGAUCACACGGCCACGGGGAGGUCGGAGAGGACAGCCGGGCUCACCAGCUUCGGGACAGGGGGGUUGGUGGUGGGAGGUGGUUGUGAUGCUGUAGGUGGACUGAUGGAUGUGUGACGUUGGCGAAUUGCAGCAAUUGCCAAACUGUACGUGAGGAGAGACCAGCCAGGACGCGCUGGAUACAGCAGAUUUGGGGAGGGAAGGCAAGUGGAGGAAAGGGGGUGGGGGGACACGACAGAGGAAGGAAAAAAAAUCAUCAACAGGGAGUUGGAUGGAGGCGAGGGGACAGAGCGCAGGAGACCGGUCUGAAAACAUUGAGGGUCCCAUCAAGAGGUCUGGUGUCUGCACCAAAUCAGCUUCAGGGAUGUAGUCGAAGCGGUUUCGAGCUCAGCCCAUCCGAGCUCAUCACCAUGAAGAAACACUCCGCAAGGGUUGCCCCGCUGUCCGCCUGCAACAGUCCGGUACUCACCCUCACCAAAGUGGAAGGAGAAGACCGCACCAGGGAGAAUGUGGUGGGCACCACAGACGCACAGUCGACUGCAGGUGUGGCGGGAGCAGAAUCCGGCUCCAACAGACGGAGGCUCCACUGCUGCAUUAGAGUAACAACCGUUCAGGUGCAGAAGGCCCUGUGGGGGGUCGCCAUGGUGAUGUGUGUGUGCUCGUCCUGGGCAGGCUCCACUCAGCUGGCCAAGCUGACCUUUAAGCAGUUUGACGCCCCCUUCACCCUCACCUGGUUCGCCACCACCUGGAACUGCCUCUUCUUCCCCCUCUAUUACAUCGGCCACCUGUGCAAGAGUCCGGAGAGGCAGACGCCCAGACAGAGAUUCAGGGAGUGUUGUAGGUUUUUCGGGGACGAUGGGCUGACCCCCAAGGUGUUUUUCACCAAGGUAGCUCCCUUUGGCGUGUUGUGGAUCCUCACCAAUUACCUGUACCUGCAGGCCCUCAGGAAGAUCAACACAACAGAUGUGUCAGCACUCUUCUGUUGUAACAAGGCCUUUGUCUUCCUGCUCUCUUGGAUUGUACUCAGAGACCGCUUCAUGGGGGUCAGGAUAGUAGCUGCUAUCUUGGCCAUAGCAGGCAUCGUAAUGAUGACCUAUGCAGAUGGAUUCCACAGCCACUCAGUCAUCGGCAUUACUUUGGUCGUCGCCUCUGCUUCAAUGUCAGCACUCUACAAGGUACUCUUCAAGAUGGUCCUGGGCAGUGCUAAAUUCGGAGAGGCUGCACUCUUCCUGACCAUCGUUGGAAGUGCCAACUUUGUUUUUGUCAGCUUUGUGCCGGUCAUUCUGUAUUUUACACAUGUGGAGUACAUUGGCUCACCUCAAGACAUCCCCUGGGCCUACCUCUGUGGGGUUGCAGGCCUGCUUUUUGCUUUCAACGUCCUGGUGAACUUUGGUAUUGCGAUAACCUAUCCAACGUUUAUCUCCCUUGGCAUCGUCUUAAGUGUUCCUGUAAAUGCCAUGGUGGACCUCUACACAUGUGAAAUUAAUUUCAACACAGUGCGCCUCAUUGCUGUGUUCAUCAUUUGCCUGGGCUUCCUCAUGCUGCUGUUACCAGAGGACUGGGACCAGUGUAUCAUCCAGCUCAGCACCAAGCUGCGCAAACGUGAUGAGCCAGCAGAGGGCAGUGGAGAGGCAAACGCCACCACAGGGCUCAAUUGGAGAGGGAGAACCAGGACCUCCAUGUCAACAUUUGCACAUUGACACCACGAAAUAUUACCACGCAAACACACACACACACACACACACACACACACACACACACACACACACACACACAAACACACACACACACACACACACAGGGAGGGAGACACAUUUAUACAUCUUAGUGUUAAUGUCAGGACAUUUGAUUGCCAUGACCUGCCUGGUGCCCUGCCCUCUCUUUCCCGCAGCUUCCUGGGUGAAAAAAAAAGAAAUGUUUUGGACUGCCUCUGAUCUGUAACGUUUUGGCCAAGAGGAGCGACGCAAGAGGCACACAUUGUGUAUCAUUGUUCCUUCAUUUGCUGUCCAUUCCACUCAGAAGUUAUCGGAGUUGGUGCAUGGACUCAUAUCAAUCGUAAUCCUUCCUACCCAAAAAAUGAUCAGGUAUAACUGAUUAAGUAAUUUAUAAAUUUUGUUGUACCUCUAAAUCAUUCCAUUGGUUCACUAUAUACUUGCACCUGGGAAGACUUGCCAACUUGCCUGAUAUUCUUCAGCUCUGAGAAAAAGAGACAAGACACUUUUUUUGGGCAGGCUUAACACCUUGUGGACUUGCUGGCUUUAACAUGUACACAUUUACACACCUUUAAGAUCCAAAGACGAAUGCCUAAAAAUGCUGAAUGCCUGAAAACAAAAGGGAGGCCCACAGUGGCAUCCCUCAGGUGUAAACUUCAUGACAAAUACAUGCCUUUCGUGCACUGUACAUAGCUGUAUUUCACACCUUGGAUGUCCUGGAGCUGUCAACUCGAUGGGCUCAUCUGGUGUGAAGGGACCUGUCUGGACAUCUGAGGAUCAAUCUGCACUCAAGAAGCUUCCACUUCGCCUCUCUCUCUCUCUCUCUCUGUUCAACCAGUGAGAGAAGGUCAGGUCCUUUUUGACCACACUGAUUGGCCCCUUGUGGUUAUGUGCUUUCCUGGGGCUAAAGUCCCUAAAAGUCAAUGCUGAUAUUGGUUGCUCAGGCCCACAGUUUAGUCACAAGAGAUCUAAAACCAGUAUCUCUGCUGCAUAGCUUUCCAAUGCAUGGGAUGGUUGAGAUUUGUCUCAGCCUGGAUUGUCGUGAAGUGUGAGUGCUUUCAGUCCACACAUAAAGCGAUUUUCUUUCGAUCAUCCAUUAUCUAUCUAAACUAUUAAGUAGGUUUCACAGUUAAUGCUCCAGGUAUCCCAAUCUUUAGACAGACUGAAAGCACUAAUAGUUUAUAAAAAAAAGGCAAAUAGGCUUAAUGAAAACUUGGAACUACCCCUUUAACUACUUUGAACAUCAGUCAUAGCUAACACUGAGUCUCCUUUUGAAUUCCUAUCACAUUUAGCUUUCUAGACUCAUAUGCCCACAAACAAAUCUGCAGCAAUUAUCAGUUAAACAUAUUUAUUUUGAAAAUAACAGACAGUAGAUUGAAACUGUCUCACUGUGGCUUUAGGAGAGAUAUGUUGACACAAUGGCUCACACUUGUCAAGUCCAAAAAAAAAAAAGUCUUACUGUAUCUGUUUUCAUUUAUCACAUUUCUGAGGCAAUUUAACAACCGAGACGAGCCUGACAGCAACGGAGGCACGCGCCUUGUAAAGUGAUCGGUGGAAACUGCCUUGUUGUGAAUGUAUGAACAUCACUCGACCACACAUGCUCGCUAUGUGCUGUCUGUUUUUUACAGUGCCACCGCAGACUGCUGCAGAGAGACUGUUAAUACUACCCCUCUUGUACUCAUCUGACCACGUUGCUAUUUUUUUGGGGGGGGGGACAAACUCUUGUCGCAUCGUAACAGCCUUUUCUUUUAUAUUUUUGCAUUUGGUUGCUGACUAACCCGAGGGGACAGUGAGUGACAUCUACAGGACGAGCAUGCACAUACUGUACAAGCAGAUACAGCUGACAAGCCCACUUCACUGCCUUUUCUUUGUUUUGCAAUAGAGUACAUUAGCACUGUUUCCCAUUGUCAUUCUCUAUGACAAUAAAUAAUAAUAUUGUAUUCCUCUGGAAUUAUUGCUAGACAUAAAUGUAAACCUUUGUAAGGAAUGAUGAUUUUUACACUGAGAUGCAACAUAUGAUUAUCACAUUUGAGGAAGAAAUAUUUAGAGUGUGAAUAAAUGAUGGGUUUAUUAGAUCUACUGUUGGGUGUCUUCAAGUGUAAUCACAUGUACUAUAUAAAAUAUUUCUUUUCAAUACA